AUGUACCCAACACCCCCAGCUUCUCCCACCCAAAAUGGAUUUUGCGCGCCCGAGGACCGCCUAGGUCAGAUCCUCGCCGGACGACUGCAGUUGACUGGCAUUCUCGGUGUAGGAGCCUACGGCGUUGUCUACACUGCCGUGGACAUCCAAACCAACAUUCCCUAUGCCGUAAAGGCACUAAACAAGGUCGGCCUUGAGCCUCGCCAGAGGAAGUUCCAGCAACGUGAGAUCCAGCUGCAUCACCAGGCCAGCGCUCACCCCAAUGUUGUCUCUCUGGUUAAGAUCAUGGAUGCCCCCGACUGCACAUACGUUGUCAUUGAAUACUGCCCAGAAGGUGACCUGUUCUCAAACAUCACCGAGCAGGGCAAGUACGUUGGAAACGAUGCCAUGGCCAAGCGCGCUUUUCUUCAGAUUUUGGAUGCUGUCGAGUACUGCCACUCUAUUGGAAUCUACCACCGGGACCUCAAGCCUGAGAACGUUCUUGUCACUGACCAAGGAAUGACCUGCAAAUUGGCCGACUUUGGACUUGCCACUACCGACCACGUCACCUCUGACUUUGGAUGCGGCUCCACUUUCUAUAUGUCUCCAGAAUGUCAGACAUCAGCUCCCAAGGCCUACUCAUGCUACGCGUCGGCGCCCAAUGACGUCUGGAGCCUCGGCGUUAUGCUAGUCAACCUCACAUGUGGACGCAACCCAUGGAAGCGUGCUUCUUUCGAGGACAGCACCUUCCGCGCCUUCAUGAAGGACCCCAAGUUCCUCAGGACCAUUCUUCCCGUUUCCACUGAACUCGACGCCAUCCUUAGGCGCAUGUUUGAGUUCAACCCUGCUAAGAGGGCGACGAUUCCUGAGAUUCGCGAGAUGAUCCUCCGAUGCUCAGCUUUCACUGCCACAAAGUCAGCCGUCUCAACACCCCUGCCUUCUCCUCCUUUCAGCCCGGUCGACUACAACCAGGAUCCCGCUUUCAACACCUACUACCAAGCGCCUGCUGUACCCCAGUUCGCUCCUCUUCCUGGUUCGGCUUACGCACCAUCACCCUUCCAGCACUCUACCUCUUCUGGAAGCUCAAACUCGGACAACGACUCGGUCUCUUCCGCAUGCUCAUCGGCUUCGUCGGCUUCUUCGACUUCUUCGUACCAACACGUUUCUUCUUCGCAGCUUCCCAAGUUUUCGUCUCGCGUACCCCAGCCGCAGCAAUACGUUACCCCUCAACAACCUUCCAACACUUGGUUCCAGCCUUUUAUUCAGGCAGCCAACCUUGUCAAGCAUGUGUCCUUUCAGCCUUCCAUGAUGGCCGCCCCGGUCCAUGUUUACUAGAUCAUUCCCCCGGCCAACAUUCCGCGGACCCUUCUCACGAUACCGUUCUUCACGAUGUGUUUAUACUAUUUUUGAAAAAAAAGUCAUGAUGACACGAACAGCGAUUGAUUUCUCGCUUGGUGUUGGUGAGGUUUGUUUUUUACCAUUGGCGUUUAAAAAACUAGACCAGUCCGGAUGAUAUUCCGGCCUUGGACUUUAGAACUAUUUGGCCUCCACGACGGCCUACUUCGUUUAACUUGGGCAAUAGCCUUGAUGGCAUGGAGUUUUAUUCUUGUGUGGAUACUUUCACGGUUUCUUCGCGACGUAUAUUAGGAGUAGGUCAUUUGGCAUUUCCCGGAGUUGUUCUUGCUGGACAUGGGCUUACAGGCCCAUUGUCACCACGUUCAUUUUUCUUUCAUAUCUAAAGAUACCAGAGCAUUGGCUCAACACUGUACGGUAGAAGGUCCCACAAGAAGGACAAGAAUAUUUGCCUCGAAAGCAAACAACAAAUCAAAAACAUACACUACGGUGCUGCAACAAUAGUUGCACGCAACCUCAACAAA